GUUUACGUUCAGUCAAAAAAUUAAAAAAAAGUGUGUGUGUUAUACGUUUAAACAAAAACUUGUUUGAUAAAAACAUAAAUAAUGUCAAGACGAUCCUCCAAUUUUUCAAAAGGCGAAGUAGACUAUUUGCUGAAACUCAUAGAAGCAAGGAAACAUGUGCUGGAGUGCAGGAAGAUAGAUCGUAAGAGCUCCGAGGAAAAAGUCAAAGCGUGGAUUGAAAUAGAGUUAGAAUUCAAUAAAAAAUUGGGCCAUAAUUUUAGAAAUGCCGAAGCUCUAAGAACAAAAUAUAAAAAUUUAAAGAAAUCUAAGAAAACGUGCAGUGCAAAAAAAUUUACACCCACUACAAAGUUCGCAGGUCAAUUUGAAAAUCUGGUUGACAUUGAUUCAUUUUAUGAAGAUGACACCAUAGACACACAAGAUAAAGGUGAAGACUCCAUCGAAUCCCUGCCAAGUGUUGACAUACGAAAAGCACAAAUACAUGAACAACAAAUAAGCGACCUUGCGAAAGAGCACAACGCAAAAAUGAAGAGGCAAGAGCUGGAAAUCUCAAUAUUGGAGAAGGAACACCAUUUAAAAAUUGCCAAAAUGGAGUUGGAAAUACAUAUCUUAGAAACACAACUUCAUCAAAAGAAAAAGGAGAAUAAUAAUAUAAUAUAUGAUCCUUAGU